CGUCUUCACCUUUCUUCCCUUUUUGACCCAGUCUUUUCUUCUCUCCAUUACAGAUGGAAAGUCAUCGUUCCAGCGAGCAGCCUUUUGACGACCUCUACUCGUAUUCUGACCAGCCCUUCAUGUCUUCUUCCUACGAAUCAUUCGGCCCUACUCAUCCAUCGCUGCAAACAAGCCACUCACCAACUGUUGAUAAUUUCCAUCAUGAUUCGACUUCCCAACAGCAUACGCGUCAUUUUGUCUUUCAUCAGGAGAAAUUUGAAUCUAACUCGUUUGCGCAGUUUUUGAAGGAAGACGACGAACGGUUCUUUGCAACGUUCCCUGAGGCUGCAAAGGCUGCUGCGCAACAGCAACAGCAGCAAUGGCUCGUACUGGGACGUGAUUAUCGUGACUUUAAUGGCAGCGCAGCGUUCAACUUGAGCGCUAACCACGGCACUUAUGCUUACCCCUCUCCAACAUCACCUGUUCAUCCCUCAAACGUUGUAGAUGUGAUGGAAGGGGGUCAGGGGACUUAUCCUGCACCAUAUGCUACCUCUGCGUCCUCCAGCCACGCCUCGUUUCCUUAUACAGUAGACCCUAAUUCUUGCAAUGACGUUCCAUUGGAGGGAUACAACCAACUUUCCGAGUCGGCACCUACGCGCCAGGGUGUGGUCACCCCUGUGUCCAACUUCGCGAACUCAUCAUUUUACCCUCCGUUAAGCUCAGAAGUCCAUCCCAACAUUCAUGGGCUACAGCAUGACAGCAUCAUGCCUCUUUCGCUGCCAUCUCCCAUCUCCGCACACGCCUCUGGACAGUCGCCACAGUUGCUUCGGCUCGAAUCACCGACGAUGAAUUUUCUGAGGAGCCCUUCCGAGAUGACCGAAACUCUCUUUUCUCCGAUUGAAUCACACCAUUCCCAGAUGUACUCACUGUCCCCAGAAGCGAUUCUUGCACAUUCACCUGCCAGUCCGAGCCCGACUCUACUUCCUCGUCUACCAUCAACUCUGUCUCCCGUCUCGAUGGUAACUCCCCCAGAGCAAUUGACUCUGCCCCCAGUUCCUCAAGAUCCCCAGUCUGACUCUGAGCCACUAGCAGACGAUUCAAGCGGAGCCUCAUCGUCUAAAACCGUACUUACCAAGCCGUCCGUUAGGCGGAAGCGGCGUCGCAAUCUUUCCGAGGAGCUACAGAGUAGUAAUCCUUCCAAGUCAGGUUCUACUCGUAGUUACGUGUAUGGCAAGAUCCCUUUACCAAAGCCUACCCCACCUCCAGUCCCCAAAGUUUCGAAAUCACGACCCGCAGCUAGCAGUUCUUCCUCCUCCCAGAGCGAAAAGAAGAGUUUAGCGUUAGCUUGUUUCUUCUGUCGUGGGCGUAAGAUCGCUUGUGGACCUCAAGACCCGAACAGUCCGGAUCGUACGUGCAACCAAUGCCACAGGCGUUCGCUCAAGUGCGAAUAUCCUACGGAAAGUCGACGAGGGAUGCGCAAGAGAAAGUCAGUGGUGCUCAACUCGAGCUUUCGUGCCGACAAAGAGUUCGAGUCUCAUGCACCAAAGUUGGCUAUUUCCAGCACGUCGUCAAGCUCUAAAGUUUGAAUCGUGGUGCAUGAUUAAUCCUUUGUUCUCUUGCUCUGUAUUGUCGCAUUAAGUUACGUUACACUCCAAAACCUCAUAUUCUUUCUUAUCUUGCAACACAAACUGUAUUACCCUGAUUCCACCAAUCUGAAUCAGUGUCGUUUCUUGGACGCUUGAUUUUUUAUGGUUAUAAUAACAUGCAUGUUUAGAUAUAUAUACUUUGACUAAUCCGAUCUACGACAUUUUCAUAGUCCCAAGGAGAAAUGUACCUAUAUACAAAUGUUCCACAACCACCACCUUGUCAAUGAUCAC